UAAUUUGAGCAGGUUCUCUAAUUUCCUCAACAUGGCUGAUAUCUCAGAUGAUCAAAUGGCUGAAUACAAGGACGCUUUCAGUCUGUUUGACAAACGUGGAGAUAACUGCAUAGACACCGUACAGCUUGGUGAUGUGCUGCGAGCUCUGGGUCAGAACCCUACUGAGGCGGAGGUAAAGAAAGCGCGAACUGACUGCGAAGCUAGUGGCCAGAAAAGGAUUGCUUUCGAGACUUUUCUUCCAAUUUACCUCUCGGUUCAGAGAAACGCCCCAAAUUACUCCGCUAAAGAUUACAUAGAGGGACUGAGAGUGUUUGACAAGGAAGGAAACGGCACAAUCUCCUCCGCAGAACUUCGUCACGUUCUUACUACUCUAGGAGAGCCAAUGGAGGACAAGGAAGUAGAUGAUCUGAUCUCUGGGUAUGAGGACAGUCAAGGCUGUGUCAACUACGAGGAUUUGAUCAGAAUGUUAACCAUCAAAGAGUAGUAUGGAUAUCUUACAAUCAUUGCAUGGACUAUAUUUAGCAAGUAAAGCUCCUUCUUACCACGGUGACUGAACAGUAGAGAAUACUUCGUGAAAUAGCGGGCAUAUUUUGUAUACAUUCCAUUGGACCUCGGUGAUAUCUUUUUAAACGUUUUUUAGUUAGUUUGAGCUACGCGAUAUGUUUGCACUUGACACGAACUGGCAUUUGGAUCGAGAGUUUAUUAUACACACUUUAUUUCAAACACUUUGAGAAUUGAACGUUAUAACUGUAUUAUGAAUGCGUGUACUAUAAUUAUCAUCAAUUAUGAUCAAAUUUUUUAAUUGCUUUGAAAAUUUCACA